AAGCGAGCGAGCGGCCGACCUGCCAACACUCACUGACACUCACUCAUCUCAGACCGCGCAAGAGAUCGCCGCAUUUUUUUAAAAACUCUUCUCUUUUCCCUUUUUUUUUUUUUUUUACAGUAGUAAUAAAACAAGAAAGCGGACCGGAGGCAUAAAGAAGACAGGGACUUGUGGGAUGAAAACGGGGCUAAAAAGAUUCAUCCUCUCUUGAACAUCAUCACCAACCAUCAUUCAUUCAUUACCUUGACAACCUCUGGCUUUGAUUGACAGCUGGAGUGGCAAAAAGCCAUGAGACACGACAGUUUAGUUACAUGCAGGUUGUUGAUGGGCCGGCUGUAACCUUCAGUUUGGUGCUUGACUUUUUUUUCUUUCUUUUCUGGGGGGCAAAGAGGAAAAGAAGAAUAAUUGCAAAACUCUUCCCGAUGCCUGCGCUCUUUCUCAGCCAUACUGGAAAAUAGGAGAAUUCGGCAAGUUGCUUGAAAAAGGGAUCUUUGCAGCGCAUGAGUUUGUGAGCGGACUGGGAAAUUAAAUCUACGACACAGAUCCAGAGGUUUAUUGGAGCGCAGGCUGAUGGCGCAAAGGUACGAUGAGUUGGCUCAUUACGGCGGCAUGGACGGGGUGGGUAUGUACGGAGAUCCUCACGCGCCUCGGCCGCUCCCGCAGGUCCAUCAUCUGAAUCACGGACCGCCGCUCCACGCCAGCCAGCAUUACGGCACACAUGCCCCCCAUCCCAAUGUCAUGCCCACCAGCAUGGGCUCGGCUGUCAACGACGUGUUAAAGAGGGAUAAAGAUCAAAUUUACGGUCACCCUCUGUUUCCUCUGCUGGCUCUGGUCUUUGAGAAGUGCGAGCUGGCCACAUGCACUCCCCGCGAGCCCGGGGUGGCGGGAGGAGACGUGUGCUCCUCCGACUCCUUCAACGAGGACAUCGCUGUCUUCGCCAAACAGGUCCGCGCAGAAAAACCUUUAUUUUCUUCAAAUCCAGAAUUGGAUAAUUUGAUGAUACAAGCCAUACAAGUAUUACGGUUUCAUCUUUUGGAGUUAGAAAAGGUGCACGAACUCUGCGACAAUUUCUGCCAUCGGUACAUCAGUUGUUUGAAAGGAAAAAUGCCCAUAGAUUUAGUGAUUGAUGAACGGGAUGGCAGCUCAAAAUCAGACCACGAGGAACUCUCGGGAUCUUCAACUAACUUAGCCGAUCAUAUGGGGAACGUGGACGGAUGGAUCCGCUCUGGCCGCCUCCAGAAUCCAGCGUCCUGGAGAGAUCACGACGACGCCACGUCCACACACUCGGCCGGCACGCCGGGACCCUCCAGCGGAGGACACGCAUCGCAGAGCGGAGACAACAGCAGUGAACAAGGAGAUGGUUUAGACAACAGCGUGGCCUCACCCGGCACGGGCGACGAUGACGAUCCAGACAAGGACAAAAAGCGACAGAAAAAACGAGGCAUCUUCCCCAAGGUCGCCACCAACAUCAUGCGGGCAUGGCUCUUCCAGCAUCUCACACACCCAUAUCCUUCAGAAGAACAGAAAAAGCAGCUCGCUCAAGACACGGGCCUCACCAUCUUACAAGUAAACAACUGGUUCAUUAAUGCCAGAAGAAGAAUAGUGCAGCCCAUGAUUGACCAGUCGAAUCGAGCAGGUUUUCUUCUUGAUCCUUCAGUGAGCCAGGGAGCGGCGUACAGUCCGGAGGGGCAGCCAAUGGGCAGCUUCGUGCUGGACGGACAGCAACACAUGGGCAUCCGGCCGGCAGGUCCUAUGAGUGGCAUGGGCAUGAACAUGGGCAUGGACGGCCAGUGGCACUACAUGUAACGGCUGUACAGUAAAGAAAAGGGGGAAGUCCAUGAGGCGUGCCGGGGGAGUUUGCACCUCAGCGUGGUCCUGUGGGCAUGAGCAUGGCAUCACCGACUGACCGACCCACCCCCCUCCACCGAAAGCCCCUCGUCUCUUGCAUUUGUCUCCUCUUCACCCUCCGACCCGUGCGGCCAUGCUAAUGCGCGGAGGCCCCCUCCUCGAGCAGAAAUGACCACGACUCUUCCGACCCCCCCUGACCACAGCGCUGCUGGACCGGCCAAUGACCGAAGGGAACCGACCAACACCAUCACGGAUGAACUGGACAAUAACCCCACGAAAGAUUUUUGAAGGAAAAGAGAAAACGGCGAAUGUCGCGUGGAAUUCCAGACGAGCUGUGAUCGUUUUUUUAUCUUGUGAAUUUUGUUACUUUCGUUGCUGGAGGACCAAGAGCUGACGAAAACACUUUGUAAAGUCUUGGGUGUCUGUUCGAAUCAACAGAGGAUGUUUCAACUUAUUAAAAAUACACACGUGCACACACACACACACAUCAUGAUAAAGAAAGAAAAAAAAAAAAAAAAAAGAGACUCCAAGAGUUCAAACUACUGUAGUAUAAAAGCAUAGAAACUAAAUUAAAUCUUGUACAUUUUUAUCACUCACUUUAUGUUUCAUGAGCUAGUCCUAGAGUAAAUCGUUGCCCUGUUUUUCACACUGUGUGUGCUGAUCCCCGAAGCAGAGAAGCUCCGAUCGCAGCAAUAACGGGAGAGAAAGCGCCCCGUUACGGACCACAGUAACCGAUGAUUCCUCCUCCACCAGACUCAGAGUUUCUCCCGCCGAUUGAAGCCCGCUCUCUUCACGUGACCCCUCCUCUUUCUUUCGUCAUGCAUUUCCCCCUUUUUUGGUCCAUGAAUGAAUGUUGCCCUGUAGGUGAAGUUCUUCGUUUGAAUUGCCCAAGCACUGGAUUGUGUUGCUUUUAUACGUUUUUAUUUUAUUAAUAUUAUUAUUAUUAAUAUUAUUAUUAUUAAUUUUGUAUCUUGGACUCUCAGAGUAAGAGCCUUAUGAAGGACGCGUAUCCUCGAGAAAAACCAACAUCCUGCAGCAGUUUCACGCCUGGGGAUCAAUAUAUAUAUAAUCUGCCAUACGGACGAUAGCGAUACGCGGAUUCUCUGAAUUCUUUGGCACGUACAGUAGAGAAGCGAUCGACGGUCGACGCGGUGAAAAACUUUAAAAGGAUGAAAAAAAAAAAAAAAGAGAACUUAAAUUAUGAACUCAAAGCUCGGAGAGAAGCUGAGAGAAUAUUGUAAGAAACUUCGUACAGAGUUCAGUCUAUUAAUUGUUUCAUGUUAGAUAUUCUAUGUGUUUACCUCAAUUGAAGACGAAUGUUUUUGCUAGUUUCAGAUCUGCUGUGGCAUUGAUAUUGUAUGUCCAUGAUUUCCCCUUCCUUUCUCAGCACGUGCUCCUCACUAGAAGAUGAAAUACUGUCUCCCUUGAGCUUUGUCAGAAAUACAUUCAAUACUUGUAUGAGGACUGUGGCGUAAUGUUUCAAAGGUGUUCAGUCACAAAUGCUGUAAUAAAUAUUUCAUUUUUGAUUUUGGUAGAUUCUUGUGUGCUGUACAGUGUGUUGUUGCAAAUUCAGACGUGGAAAUGGCAUAAAAUCCUAUUUAACAUGAUUAGCCUACAAACAUCGGACAUGGCGAACAGUUUCCCAGUAUUGUUGUUGUUUAAGGGCUCAGUGUUCUUGAAGAUCGAUCCUCCGUUUAAGAUGUUUGUUUUGAUAGAAACCAAACACAAGAGCUUCCACCGGCUGUUUGAGCUGGUUUAAGGGGUUUUGAGGGGGUGAAUGGACAGUGCUGGUCUCGCCAUGAUCUUCAGAUGAGCGAGUGAGAGGCUGGAGGAGGUUUGAGUCUCUGCGGCGCCUCCUGCUGUCUGACCGCCGCACUGCAGCUGCAUUCACACAACAUCACUGCGUUAUUAUAAACGCCAAAUAUACGUUCUAAUAAAACGAUUAAUUGCGGUGACGACGCGCACGUGCUUAAUGAACACAACGAAUGAAACACAUUAAAACAUUUCCAGAAAACUCUAGUGGAAAAAAGGCAAGGGCUUGAUGUGAAGGUUGAUCUUUCUUCAAUACUUUAAUGUUUAAUAUGUUUUUCUGAAUAUUUACUGAAGGGUUCGUUUGCACAGAAUGUCUAAUUUUUUUUAAAGCUCGAUGGAUGAAAAGAAAAUCUUGGUAUUUUCCCCAAAGCAGGAGGUUUUUAAUUAUUUGUAAAGAGCCCGGUUACAUUAUUAUUAAUAAUUAAAUUUUACAGCAACGGUAAUAAUUAUUUUACAAAAUAAUAACAUUGAAAUUGUAUAACUAUAUCUAAAUAUCCAGUCAUUAAAAUUUAUCACGGUGGUGUGCUGUUUCUACACGAACAUUUUCUAAUAAACACGCGUUCAAAGCUUCAUUCAGGCUUAUAUAAAAAUAAUGAUUUAAACGUAUAUUAAAAUGUCCGGAAUAAAUUGCACCGCGCGUAGCGCAAAACGCAAAUCUUUAUGCAUUUAUUCACAAAGAAUCACGAACGGACAUGUAUAAUUUUAAUGGUUAAAUUAAUACGCAUUCGAAAAAAAAAAAAAAAUGACUAGCAAAAGAUUUAUUUUGAAAUUGUAGAAUAUUAUGAGCUGAAAGAAAGAAAGAAAGAAAGAAAGAAAGAAAGAAAAAAGAAAAG